ACUGUGAGCUACUAGCACAAGGGUGGAAGAUAGCUUUUGCAAUACUCGGCUCACAUGUGCUGAAAGUCAUCUGUCUUCAACCCUCUCCUGGCCUGGUCAACACCCUGAUCAGGGCUGUGUGAACGAGCUGUAGCAUCUCUUCUGCUUGUGAGUGAUUUGCCACCUCAUUCCGUAAGACUGGCACCUGCCGAGAUGCAGACUCCGAGGACCCCGGGGAAGCGAGGCCGGCCCCCACUGCACACCACGCCUGGGAAGAUGGCCGUUCAUAAUCUUUAUUCUGUUUCCACUGCUCCUUUACCAGCCCUGAAGAUGCCAAAGAAAAGAGGGCGGAAACCUGGGUACAAGCUCAAGCCUCCAGUUCUCAUGACUCCAUUAGCCCUCUCACCUCCGCGGAGCACCCCAGAGCCGGACCUCAGCUCCAUCCCCCAGGACGCAGCCACCAUACCCAGCUUGGUGGCAGCGCAGACUCUCACAGUCUGCCUCUACGUCAACAAGCAGGCCAACACGGGGCCGUACCUGGAGAGAAGGAAGCUGCAGCAGCUCCCAGAGCACUUCGGACCAGAGAGGCCGGCAGCCGUCCUGCAGCAGGCCAUCCAGGCGUGCAUCGACUGCGCCCACCAGCAAAAGCUGGUCUUCUCCUUGAUCAAGCAGGGCUUCAGUGGUGAGCUGGUGGCAGUGUCUGCCUCCUUUGAUGGAAAGGAACACGUGAGGAGCGUGUCAGUGGUGAACAGCAUUGGCUACGUCCUUCGCUUCCUGGCCAAGCUGUGCCGCAGCCUUCUGUGUGACAGCCUCUUCAGCCACCAGCCCUUCCCGGGGAGCCCUGGGGCCUCUGAGAAGGCCCAGGACAGAGAGGAUGUGAGAACAGACUUGGCCAAGACCGUCGUCACCGAAGAGUGCCUGGCGAGCCCCGUGGGCAUGCACCGCUGCAGCGCGGACCCGCGCACCUCCACCUUCACCCACAGGGGCUCCUUGACCUCCUCCUCCAUCUACUGCAAGAGGCUGACCUCUGGAGAUGGCCACCUCGGGGGAGGCCCAGCCUCCACCUCCAGUGGUCCCCGUGCCAGCCCCGUGUCCUCCGGGGGUUCCUCCACGCUGAGGCCCCUGGCCUCCAGCCCCAAGAGGAAUGGGACCUCCGUGGAAGGAAACCGAUGUGCCUCAAAGCCUUCUGCAGAUGGACGAGAGGCCAGGAGACCAAGGAGCAGAAACCCUUCCACCUGGACAGUGGAGGAUGUUGUCUGGUUCGUGAAAGACGCCGAUCCGCAGGCCCUGGGGCCUCACGUGGAGCUCUUCCGAAAGCACGAGAUUGAUGGCAAUGCUCUCUUGUUGCUGAAGAGUGAUAUGAUGAUGAAGUACCUGGGUCUGAAGUUGGGACCCGCAUUGAAACUCUGCUACCACAUUGACAAACUAAAGCAAACUAAGUUCUAAUGCUUUUCAAAAGAUAGAAGCAAAGCCCUACACCUCACAUCUCAACUUGGUCUUCUGCCUUACCAAUAUCCAGCAAACAACACGAAAUAGAUUCUCCUCCUCAAAUUAAGUGGAUAUAUAUAUAUAUAUAUAUAUAUAUAUAUAUAUAUAUACAUAUAUAUAUAUUCUGUCUUUGCCUUUAAAACAAAUUCAGUGUGGCUCUUUUUGAAAGAAUUGUCUGUGUUAAUUACUUAUCAAAAAAUUACAAAAAGAUGGUUAUUUUUAGCAUUCUUGGUAUCUUGGUUGCUGUUGGCAUGGGUGCUAUUUGUAUAAUGAGAGAGAGGGGAAAUGAAUGUCACCUACGCCUACCGCCAACUUCCACUCUGACUCGGCACCUAUUUUCCUAAGCCCUGCCAGUGGAAGCUGUCUCUUCAAGAUGAUGGCCUCACCUUGCACUAUCUGGAAAACUUGAAUUCUUUUUGCUCUCCAAGAGCUUUUCUGGUCCUACCUAUCUGAAGUUCUGUAUUUCCCCACUAGGGGGCAGACUGCUAAUGAAAUUCCAGGUCCUGCUGAAGGCAAGUGGCAGCUUAUUCAGAAUGCAGAUUUUCUGUACAAGCUCUAGCCUAUAGAGAAACAGGGGAUUUAUCCCACAGUCGGCACCACAGAUUGCAACUUGGGAAGAAAUAAUCAUCAAGAGAGUUCUAGUGCAUAUCCAGUGUACUGACUGAUGCCUGAGCAGCAAAGACAAGAAUUUGGAAGCGUGCUGGCACCAGAUGGGGCCUUGGAGUCCCUUUCCUGCUGAAGUCCUUACCCAAGCGUUGAUGUGUUGGCAUGCUGAAGAAUCUUAGUGACAUUUAGCCAUGGUGUUUUCUUGGAAAAAAAAAGAAGAAAAGAAAGAUGUCUCAAUGGAGCUUCGCAAUGGGAGAGUGUUGAUUUCUCGUUACAUGGCUGAAUUUUGUAGUUGUAUCUGUGGCUAAUUUUUCUAGUCCUCAACAAAUACACAGACAUGCUAUUACUGGGUUUAAUUUAAUUUACAAAUAGGUUCUCCUUUCAUGCCGUGGAGUAAUAGAAAAAAAUUGAUUUUCUUCUGCUUCGCAGCUGUGUCCAGGGAAAGACUAUGAAUCCACUUGCCAGGCAGGGGUGACCCCUUCGCCGCAUUCUCUACACCCUUCUCCUCUCUCUCUCGUUCUCUCUCCCUGUUUCCCUCCUUUUGCUCAUGGAACUGGAAACAUAUCUUUCACACAAAGCCACUUUGGCAAAGGCAAAUGCCCUUCCUUAAUGCAACAUCUUUAGAGAUGGCAAUGAGGGGAACAAAUCCCGGAACGGGUAGAGGAGGACUCAUGACUCUGUUAGCCAAGUAUGGAUCAGAGAGGGCUGCGGCCUGAGCAGGUCUCAGAUGGUGAGGGGGGCUGGGCAGGAUCUUAUCUCCUGUGCUGGGAUCAGCUGCCCUUUGCUGAACCUAAUCCUCACACCUCCAGAACAGCCAGCCAUGGGUAGGUCUUCAUGGUGACACUCUCCAUCAGUUUAGGAAAAGAAAUAUUCCAUGCCAAGCUGUG